AUGGAGACUGCGGAGAUUCCUCUGAUGACCCAAGAGGAGCAGAAGAAAGGCAGCGAUGAAGACGGAUCCGAAAACCGAGGCUGGAUGCUUCGAGCAUGGCGAUUCACCAUUGCCAGUGGUGCAAUGACGGGGGCGAUCGUGUUGCUGGCGAAUAUCAUCACGCUGGCUGUCAUAUACGGGAGGUUUGAUGUCGCUGACCACAGCAUCACCUUUUUUACUGGCAGCUGCAAAACAGCCAGCACGGUCACCACUGUCGCCCAUGUCAUCAUCAACAUCCUCAGCACCAUUCUUCUCGCCGCGAGCAACUUUAGCAUGCAGUGUCUGGCUUCACCGACGCGAAAGGAAGUGAACCAGGCUCAUUCCAACCGUCGCUGGCUGAGCAUUGGGACUCCAAACAUUCGCAACAUUGUUUUCGUGUCCAAAUCCAAGGCACUGCUAUGGCUCAUCCUCGCUGCCAGCUCCUUUCCACUGCACACGGUCUGGAACUCGACCGUCUUUGAAACAAGGUCAACGAAUGAUUAUCUCAUCACUGCCGCCACAGAGGAUUUCUUCAAUGGUACGGAGUGGAAAUAUGCAGCAGCCCUCUACGGAUCUUCUAUGACCCACACGGAAUGGGGAAUGGCUAGCGAUAUAAUCAGCCAUUUACAGCAUGAAGCGAUCAGCAGUCGAUCCGGAAACAGCUCGACUGGAUUGGAACGGCUUGACGUGGACGAUUGCAUCAAAGCAUAUGCCCAGGAUGAGCUAUCCGAUCGGCGUCAUCUACUACUUGUCAUCGAUGGCCAUCAGUAUGACACCAAUGGGACAGUGCUGGGAAUGCACAAUAGCACAUACUCGGUCGAUGGAGAUCCCCUAUUUGCUUGGAUGUGUGACAAAUAUGCUCUAAUAGGGUACGAUUAUAUCUGGAAGUGUGUUCAUAAUCUCCCGGGCAAGAAGUGGACUCUGGGCGAUACGACUUUCAAUAGUUAUCCGGGCACUCCGUUGAAUGAUGCGCCAAUUCAAUACUGCUACUCAGAGACAACGCCUGAAAAGUGCAAAGCCAGCAUUGUCCCUCUCUUUCUCAUCGUGGUGAUUAUCUGCAACGUCAUUAAAAUCCUCUGCUUUUUAUUCACCCUGCGAAUCACCAAGGCUGAUCCACCGCUGUGCACCACUGGUGAUGCUAUUCAGUCCUUUCUCCAAAAGCCAGAUCCUCACACCAAAGGUCGGUGCCUGGUCUCCAAACAGGAUUAUGAAAGCUAUAUAUCUCGAUCGGAUGAGUGGCAAUCGCGAGCAUCCAACAUCGGUGACCUCUGGGACGGAGGCCGGUGGCGAUGGAACGAAGCCAUCCACCUAUUCCAGUGGCUGUUUUAUACUGCUUGUCUAAGCGCCGUCAUCAUCGCCGGUGGAGUUCUCUACGACCCCGGCAGGAAAGGCGUGAAGGGAUCCGGCAUUGUGGCACUAGGCAUUGGCCAGCCUCGUGCAAGCUUUCGUGCCACAGAGAAUGGAGUGUCAGGUCUCCUCACUGGUUUCAUUGAGGCCAACGUGCCACAGCUGAUAGUCUCCUACAUCUACCUAGCCCUCAACAACAUGAUGACAACUAUGCUGGCAAUGGCUGAAUGGUGCGUUCAGUGCGGAGGUAAACGGCAAAGGCAAAGGUCUCCGUGUGUCGUCACCAGUCCCGAAUACCGAGCAGGUGUCGACGUAUACCCUGUCGGUGCCACUGAAAUGGGGUAUCCCGACAGCCAUAUUCGUCACAAUUCUGCAUUGGCUGGUGUCUCAGACGACUUUCUUCGCGGUUAUAGAGGUAUAUACAUUGAUCCCUCAUGCUACCAGCGCGUCUGCAUCAAUAUCCGAUAUCUUCUUCUCGCCACUUGGAAUGGCCAUUUCUGUCUCGCUCGGUGUGCCAGUCUCGCUGCAGCUUGCCAGCCUUCUCCUGGUACUGAAACAACGACCGAUGGACAGGAAUUUGCGAAAGAUCUGCCCUACAAAACACUCAAAUGGGGUGUAGUUGAUGCCUCAGUGGAUAUCGAUUCUGACAUCGGCCAUGCCACGUUUGAUGCGGAGAAUCCUACUCCUUUGAGGGUGGGCAAGUUAUAUGCAUGA